AAUAACUUUUAAAUAUUACAUAUUUUAAUUAAAAUUGAUUACAUUUUGAAACAGAUAGAGUAAUCUAUAAACUAACUCUAUAUAGAUAUGAGGACAAAAUUGUAAACUGGUCUCAUCUUGAAUUUCUCUCAUUCUGUGCAUUCCUAAUUGGGAGGAGAUAAUCAACAUCUAAUUUUAUGUUACAUUAAGGAUGAUGUAAGGAAGACAUAAAGAUAUAUUUCCAGUUAUCACAAAUAUAGAAUCAAUUGACUACAACGUAAUUAUGUCCAGCGUAGGACAACAUAGAAGAGUUUCCAUACCUUUUAAUAUUAUAAUAUCUCACUAUAUUAUUGGUUAAAUCAGUUUUCUCUAGCACAAAUACUCACUCAAUUCUUAGAGUUUAAGCUUUUCUAUAUGAUGAUAUUAGUAGUUUGAUCCAAAAAAAAAAAACGGUCGAACUGUACACUAUAAUUGGAGAAAGAAAACAAACAAAAAUCAACCGAAGACUUUUAAGGUAUAUGAAACAAAAAUUGGAAAUAUCAAUUCUCUGCAUUUAAAGAAUAAUGCAAUAAAAUUGUAAAAAUACAAAAUAAAACAAAAAAAUACACAGAAAGAAAGAUUUAGUAAAAUAAAAUCAUAAUAUAAAAUUGAUAGUGCUCAGCUACACUAAAAAGUCUAAAUUUACAACAUACACAGUUUUAUUUACAUCUUGAAACCUAUUAUCUAAUUAAAAUGAUUCUAAAAAAAGUGCCAGCACGAAGAGUUAAAAAAUAUACAAUAAAAUACAAUACAUAACGUUAAAAAUACAUUAUCACUGUAGCUAAAAAAACCUUAUAUAGGCUGAAUAAGCUGAAGGUUAUCUGCCAUGUACUUAUGCCAAGCUGUCAAGAAAAAUAUGUGAAACUUUGGUAGAUAAACCACAAACUAUUAAAAGAAGGUCGUAUAUAAUUCUGCAGAAUAUGUUUAUUUGCUAUGUUUAGAAGAGGGAAUCUUGUAUGUAAUUACUAUUACUGAAUUGUCAUUUCCUAAAGACAACUUUUGAAUACAUCCCAAAACUAUAAGACUUAUCAUUUCUUUGUUAGCCAAGUGAAAACCCAUUCUAGUUGCAGAUUUCUAGCAUAAGAGAAAUUCGAGUGCAUUUAGAGGAGGAAACACAUAAAAGAAGAAAAAAAUAAUAAUUACAUGAAUGAUGAAUCCAGACAAACCAAACAACAGUACUUGUCGUUGAACAAACAUUAUUUUUCUUCUAAACUCCAAGUCUCCAACAAUUGCAUACAGAAAAAAAGUCAUAAGAAAAACGCUCUACAAAGUUUCAAAAUUUUCUAGUUGACUCUUUUCUUUCUGUAAACAUCAAAGAUGUCUCCACCUCGAGCUUGUACAACGUGUUUUUUGGUUGCUUGGAAGUAACAGCAAUCCUCUUCGUCCACAAGCUCAAAAUUCAGAUUAUACUUUGACACUGAAUUUGUUGUUUUGAUUCUUAUGCGAUGGCAUCAGAUCAUAUGGUGCCUUUUAAAUGACCAAUAUGGUCACUAAACUGAGCAGUACCUUCUGAUUUUAGAGCAGAGGCUUCCCAGUUAACACAUCGGGUAAACUGUAAAUCUCUGGGGAUUCAGGGUGACUUUCACCGCAAGAAACAAAGUCGUGAACUUCGUUUCCAUUGAACUGCACACUAUUUCCUCCUCCAUUUGCCUUUCCUUCAUCAAAACCCUCUGUCCAACCGCCUCUUCUAACAACCCAAAAGAAGAAUAAGUAUUAGACAUGAGCACAUAACAACAAGUGUCAUCUGGAUCCAGGUUCAUCAAACAUUUUACUUCUUGCUGAGCAACCUCAACUUUUCCUGCAAGCACAAAGAAAACAACUCCAUAUAAUAGUGUCUUCUUCCACCAUUAUGGUCGUUAUUACUCUCUUCUUGAAACUCUUUACUUUUUGGACCCCAACACAAUGGUUUUGUGAUUCCUGAGCUUGAUUCUUUAAAUUCUCAGCUUUGCUCUCUGCUUCUCCAAGCUUUGACUGCGUCUUGUAGGCUUGAUUACCAACUAAUGCUAGCUUAAUCAAAUCAAAUAUGGCCGACAGCAAUAUCUAUUUUGUUGACUGUGACUAUGACUUGCUCCACACCAAAAGCUAUAAAAACCCAUGUAUGCUCCUUGUCUGCCCUUUCAAAUUAUCUAAGCCAGCUUCAAAAGCACCAAUAGUUGCAUCUAUGACCAGAAUCACAGCAAGUUCGGAACCAUGAGCUAGGUAAAAUACUGAACUCCUAAAAGUACACCACCAGUUCUGUUGAAGGAGUGUGUUCAAUUUAUUUUUAAAAUAUGACCGAAUAAGUGAAAAUCAAAGCAACAAAAUGUUUGAUGAGGGCUUACGGGGAAAUGAGGAAAUGGACUACAACUCGAGUAGUUGCGGUGACAUUGUUGAGAGCAGAGCCUUGGACAGACUGUAUGUGGCCUACAACAUCUACAAAUAAAUAAACUGGUUUGAAAUGGUAACAACAACAACCAAAGCUCUCUUGUCCAAAAAAUAAGCUUCUUCAUUCCAAAGAACCUAUGCAUCCACGCUAGCCUUAGUACCAGUUACAAUAUUCCACGGAUAAAACUACAAUUCAGACCCAAAAGAAACAAAGGAAGAAAAAAAUAGAUGAACUCCAAGCAUUUAGAUGGGACUUACUUCUCUCUCAGGCUUGGGAACACAACAUUUGACUAAGCAUCAUUUGAUUAUUGUCCUCAGCUUCCCUAUACAUAUGUUCCAGUCAGAGAAUAGAUUAGUUCCAAAAUGGGGAAUCAAAUCAAUUUCCUUUCAACUAAUAGACACGCACACUUUUUAGCAUCUUCUGGUUCUCUGUCUUGAUCUGGAUUCUACAUUGAUGAAUGCCAUGGAUCCCCUUCUAAUUAGGUUAGUUCAAGAUGAGGCAAAAAUAUUUUAAAAUGAAAAAUUUCCCAAUUGAAAAAGAUAAAACCGGCAUAAGUGAAGGUUACGAAAAAAUAUAGUGCCAUGUCAAGCCAUGAGCUCUUGCUUUCUGCUAUGUCUAGUAGCUUCUGUUUUCGGAUCAGCCUACACAGAAGAAAUAUAAGAGACAUAUUAAUAAAACAUCAAAUUGCAAACAUCGUAUUUUCAAAUAAAACCCAGCCAUUGUUACCAUGUUUCCAUGUCAGGAUCUAUGCGGCAGAAGGAUCCACUGUUGAUUGCUCCGGUAACCAUGACGCUAGCGCUGAGGGGAUCUGGCCGAUAUUGACAGUAUAUACUUCUAGAUCUAGAAAAUGGAAAGGCUUGGUUCAGAUUUAGACUGCAACUAUUGAUUUCAAAAUUCACUAUACCUUUGGCGGGUGGAUUUGUAGCCGGAGCUUUUACCAGCUCCUUCACUACCUUUUGAACAUGGCUUCCUAAGUUCACAUGAACUGGAAUAAAAAUCACCAGAACUCCACUUGUACGGCGUCGUAGUAGCUUAACUAAACAACCAACACAAACAUCCCUCUGUCUUUAGAAAGGACUCUUAGAAACUGGUACGUGAAAAAUACAUCAAAAAUAUCUUCAGAUAUUAUGGAAACGACUAUACCAUUAUAAACAUACACAAAAGGAGCCAGAAUAGACUAAAGGCAAGGAAUCUGGAGCCGCUGUGAAAAGAAAUUGAAUUUGUCAGGAAAUAGAGAGAAAGCAGUUGAACAAAAAUAUGAAACAGAUAAAUCCAAGGAAACAUACGAUGGGCUCUUCAUAAUCCUUUGAACUUAUGUAUUCGACAUGGCUGGCUGAGGACGUUUAAAUUCUCUUUCAAGCUUCGGUAAAGAAUAAAAACUCUAACAUGGUGUGAGAUUGUUGAAAUACAAUGCAAGAGGAGACUUGCCAGAGGAUUGAACUGAUUUCAUGGCCAUCGAUCCAAGUUGUUGAAUAUGAUUCCAUGAAAGCUUUGACGACGGGUUUAUAUAAGCAAGAGAGGAAGGUGGAAGGAGCAUAAAUGAAUAAUUAAGAGUGGGUUGCGAGUAAAACGGACAGGAUUGGAGGAAUUUGGAACGAUGAAGACAUAUGAAUUUAUCGACUCAGCCUCGACUGUUUUAGGGUUUCUUUUGAAUUGGGUUUAUGAGCCAACUACUUCAAUUUACGGAUCAAGAAAAAAAAAAGCAGCCCAACACCGGUGUGACGUGGACAAAUAAACUCAUCCCAUUGGCUGAUUUUAAUAGCCGACGUGGAUGGUCUCUCUGUUGCUCGUAUUCGGCUUUUAGUAUUGUAGAUGAUUUGUUUCUACUGUGAUGUUAUUAUUAUUGGUACAUACAUAGAUUACCCGGUUUGUUAUUAUUAUUGAUAUGAUGUAUGUCUAUUUUAGUAUGGCUAAUAAAAUAGUUGUAUUUUAAAUGACAAUAUUUUAUCAGUAGAAAACAAAUUAUAUUUUAACAGAAUACAUAUACGUCGUUUUUAUGUCAAAAGACUCAAAACUUUAGAAGUGAUUUCUUAUAAGAACUCCAAAUAAAACUUAAAAUUAAACAAAAUUCCAGAUUUGACCUAAUAUUACUUUUCAUCGCGACUCCUAUAAAUGCCAUCUCAACAAAGUGUCGAGAGAAAAGCUUUGAAAGUGCAUAAAAUAUAAUUCCGAAAGUUUCUACCAUUAUCAUAUAAAUAAACCGCAGUAUGUCCUCCAUUACAAAUCUUCCCCAUGCAGGCUUCGAUGCAAAAGUCUUAAACAACCAACCAAGCAACAUACCAUCGGAAUACGUAUGGUCCGACGAAGACAAACCCUCAACCGACAUCAAAGAGCUCCAAAUCCCUAUCCUCGACAUCUCCAGUUUUCUCUCCGGACAAGACAACCAUGUCGCGAUUUCUCAAGCGUCUAGGCUCGCGUCCGAAGCUGCGAAGCUUCACGGCUUCUUCCUCGUCACAAACCAUGGAGUUCAGGAGGGGAUAUUGGCACGUGCCUACAAGUGUAUGGGCACGUUUUUUUACUUGCCGGCGUCGGAGAAACAAAAGGCCAAGAGGAAAUGGGGUGAGAUCUCCGGUUACGCUGAUAGCUUUGCCGGAAGAUUCUACUCGGAGCUUCCGUGGAAGGAAACGUUGACGUUUAGAUUCUCUGCUGAGGAGAAGCUCAGGAGCGGCACGGAAACAGUUAAAGAUUACGUUUCUAAGACAAUGGGAGACGGGAACGAAGAGUUUGGGUAAUAUAUACACCUUCCGUAUUUGGAAAAGAUAUGUUUUAGACUUUAAUUAAUUCAAUUUGAUUUAAAACUAAAAUAUAAAUUUAAAAUAUGAAUUGUAUACCAAUAAAAAUAAAACUAAACAAAGCUAGUAAAUGAUAGAUAAGAAUAUGUAUAAAUCUUAAACCUUAAUCGUUCAAAUACAGAAAAGUAUCAGCCAUCUAGAACUAUUUAUAAACUAGUAAAAUCAUAUAUGUUUUAGCUAACUUAUAUGAAAAUAUUUUAUCCAAAGAAUGUCAUGCAGAUCUAGUUAAUAAUGUAUAUUUUGUGAUUGUUUCAUGCAGAACUGUGUUUCAAGAAUACUCAGAGGCGAUGAACACACUUUCGCUAAAUAUCAUAGAGUUUCUUGGAAUGAGUCUUGGGAUCGAAAGACGCUAUAUGAGAGAGUUUUACCGAGAUAACGAUUCGAUACUUAGGUUGAAUUACUAUCCACCAUGCAAGCAGCCAAACCAUACAUUAGGGACAGGACCCCACACCGACCCGACUUCUCUAACCAUACUUUAUCAAGACCACGUCGGUGGUCUUCAGGUUUACGUGGAGAACCAGUGGAGAUCCAUCGCUCCCAAGCCUCAAUCAUUCGUGGUUAACAUCGGCGAUACCUUCGUGGUAAUUAAGUUAGCAUUUUUUUUAAAGUUAACAUUUUCUUUACGUAAGAGACAAAGAUUUUGACAUUUUGUAUGUGCAUCCAAAACUCAUAUUUAAGCGUGAUUCAAAAUCUCAUAAUGCUGAGAAUGAUUGUUUUUGUACCCACUACCCAUGAGACUCGAGACAAAAACUGUCUCGUGUUUUAGAUGUGGGUCGCUUUAUUAGGAUGGUGGAACCGUUGCAUAUGCACUACAUAUAUUAUGUAUUACAUCGAAAAUGUAUCCAUGGUAUACUCCUAGUAAUUUAUAUAUAUAUGGACUAAUCGAGUUAUUACAAAUCGGUUUUGUGUUGACAUAGCAUCAAGUAUAAAUUUAUCCAGGUAUUUUACAUAUGAAAUAUUUUUCCUGAAACUUAUCAUGCAAGAAACUUUGUAAGAGUAUUGAAAGUCUGUAUCUUCUUUUAUAGGCGUUGACGAAUGGAAUAUACAGAAGUUGCUUGCACCGGGCAGUGGUGAACCGAGAUAGGGAAAGGAUGACAUUAGCAUUUUUCUUAUGUCCACAAAUGGACAAAGUGGUGAAACCACCGAAGGAGCUACUAGAAGUGUCCGGCCAAAGGCUGUAUCCUAACUUUACAUGGUCCAUGUUUCUUGAGUUCACGCAGAAGAAUUAUAGAUCCGACAAGAACACUCUUCAAAAGUUCUCAGACUGGCUUAGGAGCAAAGAAGUUAUCGACAACAAACUUGCCGGACAAAGUUAGAAAGAGACUGAGAGAUA